ACGGAACUAUUAUAGUGGUGCACAACGCCAUACAGGCCAUCCGUGCUGAACAUGGCGUCGGGUUAUUUGUGCAAGCUCCACGGUCUCCUAACGCGACUUUCUAACGGCAACCAACUACGACAUGUACACACAUGUUUGGUUCCAAUGCGACAGAAGUCCAGUGUCGGUGGUCCUUUGCUUGAUUCCCCUGACUGUAAUGUGGAAAUUGGUGUGACUUCAGAUGGGAGAACCAUAGUGUGCCACCAUCCCACUGUUGACGUUCCCUAUGAGCUUACCCAGCCUAUAGAACGUCCGGACCCUCUGACCAACUCGGUUGAGACCCACGACCAGAUUUUAAAGGCCCACCUGAGCAAGGAGGUUUUGAGGGACAAGAAAGGGCCCACAAUAGAGGAGCUCAGCAAGAUGUUUUUCACUACCAAACACCGGUGGUAUCCGGUAGGACAGUACCACCAGAGACGCAGAAAGAAGAAUCCCCCAGAGGACAGAUAGUUGAAGGCCAAACUUACAGAGCAGCAAACGUUUGUGUUUUUGUCAUGAUGUAUAAUAAAUAAACUCUUGAAUAUUA